ACACCACCGGCGCAGCACACAUCUCCAUCACACACACCAGACAAUACCUGACAGCUAGUGAGAGCGAGAGUGAAGACCAGCCCAGCGACGGCCAUGGCGAUGAAGAAGAACCCGAGCGUGGCUGUGGUGGCUCUGAUGCUGGCGCUGGUGGUGCUCGCCGCUGCGCCGGGCGGGGCGCGCGCGGCGUGCGACGCGUCGCAGCUGGCGGUGUGCGUGUCGGCGAUCAUGAGCGGGGCGCCGCCGACGCCGGAGUGCUGCGCGAACCUGACGGCGCAGCAGGGGUGUUUCUGCCAGUACGCCAGUGACCCCGCCUACGGCAGCUACAUCAAGAGCCCCAACGCCCGCAAGACCCUCGAGUCCUGCCACCUCGCCGUCCCAACCUGCUAGGCAGCUCGAUCAGCCUCUCCUGUACUCGAUAGCCUAGCUGAGUGAGUGAGUGCGUGCAUACUCGCGUGUGGCAUGUAUGUAUGCUCCUAUUUUGACCUGGUUGUAUGCUCCUAUUAUUGCCUAUUGGAAUAAAGUGAUGAUUGUCUCUGCCGUCGGGCAGCUCGCGCGCGUCU